AUGGCUUCGUUUGCGGCUUUUCUUGAGAUUUUACAAAGGCCCACCAUUGGAGAAGUGAUUUUUGAGCUGCUCGAGUUCAUGGCGCCCAUUUGGGUGGCGAUUGUUGUGGGCGUCUUGGUGGGUUGGGCGUGGAAGCCCAAAUGGGCUGAUAAAUUGAAUGCAGAUUUUCUUGAUCAUACUUCCGAUAAAGUAAGAUCAAAGACAUCAGCUAUUAUUAACCCAUUUCCACAGUUUGCUGCUUCAAUCCCGGGCUUGAGCUUGUCCAAACUGCAGCUGCCGGCCCCCGGAUUUUCUUCGAUUUCAGAUGAUGGGCUUGAGAAGGAUAGUUCACCCUCGCCUUCAGUUUCCGAUUGCAGCUCGUCCAAGGCGAAAGCCGAAGAAUCGAGCGUUGUGAAUGAAGACGAUGUGAAGCAUUUGCACAGAUUAGUUGAAGAAAAAGAUGGAGGCCCUUCUUGGAUAAAAAUGAUGGAAAGGUCCACACCCAAUAUGAGCUAUCAGGCUUGGAGAAGAGAUCCUAAGACUGGACCACCUCAGUAUAGGAGUCGAACUGUGUAUGAAGAUACCACUCCAGAAAUGGUGAGGGAUUUCUUUUGGGAUGACGAAUUUAGAGUAGAAUGGGAUGAUAUGCUGAUACAUGCCAAGACCUUGAACGAGUGCCCCUCGACUGGGACAAUGAUGGUUCAGUGGGUGCGUAAGUUUCCAUUUUUUUGUAGUGACAGAGAGUACAUAAUAGGCCGGCGGAUUUGGGAGUCCGGACGAACGUAUUAUUGCGUAACAAAGGGUGUGCCGUGUUCCUCUGUGUCUCGUUGUAACAAACCAAGACGUGUCGAUUUGUACUAUUCAAGCUGGUUCAUCCGCGCAGCCGAGUCAAAGAGAGACGGCAGGCUAACCGCAUGCGAAGUUGUUCUCUUCCAUCACGAGGACAUGGGCAUCCCUUGGGAGAUUGCGAAACUCGGUAUCCGCCAUGGCAUGUGGGGUGCUGUCAAGAUGAUUGACCCGGGCCUGCGGGCCUACCACAAACAUCGGGCUUUGGGAGGCCCACUCUCCCCGAGUGCAGCCAUGGCCCAAAUCAACUCCAAAUUUAGUGCCUCCGAUGAUCCUCUGGAGUUGGAGGAGAGCCCAGGCAAGGAUCCGGGAGUCGGGCCUCAGCUUGAUUCGGACAAUAAGCCACCGGGCAGAGGCGGCUUUCCUAAGAUGCUCGUUGUGGGUGGGGCCCUUGCCCUUGCUUGCACUCUGGAUCGAGGGCUCUUGACUAAGACCCUCAUAUUUGGUGCGGCAAGAAGGUUUGCGGGUAGGAGCUUGUGA